AUGGCGUUGUUGUCCUUCAAGUCAAUGAUCAUCAAUGAUCCAUAUGGAGCUCUAACCUCAUGGAACUCUUCCUCCCAUUUCUGUAUCUGGGAUGGUGUUUCAUGUGGGAAGCGGCAUAGAAGAGUGAUUGUUAUACAACUAGAGUCGGAAGGCCUACAAGGCUUAUUGUCUCCUCACAUAGGAAACUUGAGCUUCCUCCGGGUGUUAUCACUUGGGAACAACAGCUUUCAAGGAACCAUCCCUCAUGAACUUGGGUUUCUUUCCAGGCUACGUACUCUUGACUUGACCAGAAACAAAUUCAAAGGAGUCAUUCCUACUAAUAUGUCUGGUUGUAAUAACCUUGAAGUGCUCUGGCUCGCUUUUAAUAAUCUAAUUGGAAGCAUACCAUUGGAGAUCGGUUUUCUCUCCAAACUUACUUUUCUUCGGCUUGGUUAUAAUAAUUUAACCGGAGGAAUCCCACGUUUCUUGGGGAAUCUUACAUCGUUAAAAAUAUUCUCUUUUACAAGCAAUCCAUUAUGUGGGAGCAUUCCAGACACGUUAGGUCGCUUGAAAAGCUCAAGGAGAUUUGACGCCGGUAGAUGUAACUUACAUGGAACCAUCCCCAACUCCAUCUAUAACCUCUCACUUCUAACUAAUCUUUCUUUGUCUACGAACCAUCUUAUAGGCACUCUUCCUCCAACUAUUGGGUUAAUGCUCCCAAAUCUUUUGUUAUUACAAUUACGAGACAACCAAUUUUCAGGGCUUCUUCCCCCGUCAAUAUCUAAUUGUUCGAAACUACUUCUUCUUGAUAUGUCUACCGCCGGUUUUACUGGGAAGUUGACAAUUGACUUUGCAAACCUAAAAGAUAUUUCAAAGAUAUAUUUGUAUAAUAACAACUUCAAUGGUGGCGGAGAAGCAGAUGAAAUGAAGUUUAUUGAUUCCUUAGGAAACUGCAGCAAGUUAAAGAAAUUGGGUCUUGGUAAUUGCAACUUUCAAGUAGUGGUCCCAACAUCAAUCGGUAAUCUAUCUCAUCAACUUAGUUAUCUAGAUUUAGGAGAAAAUAAACUAUAUGGUGAACUCCCUUCAAGUAUAGGUAAUCUAGUUGGUUUGACCCGUUUAGUUUUAUACACAAACCGAUUCACAGGAAAAAUUCCUUUUACUAUUGGCAUGCUUCAAAAGUUACAACGGGCUUAUCUAUAUGAAAAUCAAUUUUCAGGGCCAAUACCAUAUGCAAUAGGGAAUUUAUCAAUGUUGAAUUUGAUUAGCUUAAGUUCCAACAGAUUGGAAGGGGAUAUCCCACCGAAUAUGGGGAAUUGUCAUGGGCUCGAACAAUUAGACCUCCAGAACAAUAAACUAAGUGGCAAAAUACCUAAACAACUUUUUCAACUUACUUCUUUGUUCUUUUUACAUCUUUCAAAUAAUAGCCUCUCUGGUUCACUUCCAACUGAGGUUGAAAAUCUCAAAUCUUUGAACGAGUUAGAUUUAUCUCAUAAUCAUCUAUUAGGUAACAUUCCUAGUAGCCUUGGUGGUUGUACCAGCCUUACUUACUUAUACAUCAAUGAUAACUUAUUUGAAGGCAUAAUACCACCAUCAUUAAGUUCUGUGAGAGGACUUAUAGAGCUCGAUCUUUCUCAUAACAGUUUAUCUGGCCAGAUUCCUCGGUUCUUAGAACGUUUCUCCUUAGAGUAUUUGAACCUAUCCUUUAACGAUUUUCAGGGGGAAGUGCCAGUGAAAGGAGUGUUUGUCAAUGCAAGUGCAUUCUCUAUUUUGGGGAACAAUAGGCUUUGUGGUGGCAUGGUUGAACUUAGGUUACCCAAAUGCAAAAUGACAAAGAAACAUAACAAAAGGUUCCCAUUGUUCAUUAUAGUCAUUUUAAUUUCUUGUGCGAUAAUUUUUAUACUAUGUUUUGUCUAUGCUUGGUUCAAAAAGAAACAAAAUGGCCAACCAUCUCAAUCACCCAGAAAUGAAAGGUUCUUAAAGGUUUCAUACGAUCAACUUCUCAAGGCUACCAACGGCUUCUCUGAAACGAACUUGAUUGGCCAGGGUGGCUCAAGCUCCGUUUAUAAAGGAAUCCUUGAUCAUGAUGACAAAUUUAUUGCAGUAAAAGUUUUGCAUCUUCAAAUUCGAGGAACUGACAAAAGCUUUAUAGCGGAAUGCGAAGCAUGGAGAAGUAUUCGACACCGGAAUCUAUUGAGGAUAAUAACUUUGUGUUCAAGUGUUGACUUUCAGGGGAAAAGUUUCAAAGCUUUAGUUUACGAGUUCAUGCCCAACGGGAGUUUACAUGAUUGGUUGCAUUCAAAUGCAAAUAAAUCUAGACUAGACCUAUUUCAAAGAAUUAAUAUUCUCAUCGAUGUUGCAUCUGCACUUGAUUAUCUUCAUAACCAAUGUUUACCAACCGUUGUUCAUGGAGACAUGAAACCCAGCAAUAUUUUACUGGAUGAUGAUAUGGUGGCUCAUGUUGGAGACUUUGGUUUAGCUAAAUUUCUUGGAACAAAUUCAAACCAAAACAGCUCAACUGGAGUUAAAGGAACAAUUGGAUAUGUACCUCCUGAGUAUGGCUUAGGGAGUACAAUGACAACCAGUGGGGAUGUCUAUAGCUUUGGAAUAUUAUUACUAGAGGCUAUGACUGGGAAAAGGCCAACAGAUGACAUAUUCAAUGAAGACCUUAACCUUCAUAAGUAUUCUUAUAUGGCAUUGCCACACCAAGUAAUGGAUGUUAUUGAUGGUGAUGUGGUCAUGCAAAGUACCAAAGCAAAUGCACAAAAAAUGGAAGAAUGUUUGGUUUCGGUUAUCAAGAUUGGAUUAUCAUGCUCUGUAUAUUCCCCAUCUAAACGGAUGAAUAUUAACAACGUUGCCCAUGAGUUGUUGCAUGUUCGGGAUUCCCUUCAAAACUUUGAGAUCUGAUAUCAAGCUUGCAAUGGUAGAUGAAGAGCUUCUCGUCUAGAUAUAUAUCCAUAGCAGAACUUUUAGCUCAUGAAGGCUAGACUUCUUUCUUUUUAUUUUUCUUUUCCUUUCAAAAGGUAAUUGAUGUAAGACGGAUUUAAAAAUGUCUAGAGUAAUGAAGUAUUAUAGGUAGGUUGAGAAAUCUAAGAGGGAAUAAUAGCAAGGAGACCAAUCAAGCCUAGUAAGGAUUAAAUAAACUUUUGUUGACA